CCGGCUCCUCCCCUUCAGUCUUGCACAGGUGUACCCGCUCCUCCCCUUCAGUCUUGCACAGGUGUACCGGCUCCUCCCCUUCAGUCUUGCACAGGUGUACCCGCUCCUCCCCUUCAGUCUUGCACAGCUGUCCCGGCUCCUCCCCUUCAGUCUUGCACAGCUGUCCCGGCUCCUCCCCUUCAGUCUUGCACAGCUGUCCCGGCUCCUCCCCUUCAGUCUUGCACAGCUGUCCCGCCUCCUCUC